UCCCAGGGAGGUGUUGCCACCGCUGCAGGGACCAUGACUGACAGCACCCACUACUCCCAGCGCCUGCGGGCCAUCGUGGACCGGCGGAGGCUGCAGGAGCGGAUGCUGCGGACGCGCCGGGAGCUGGACGAGGAGCGGCUGCGGGCCGGGCGGCUCCAGCGUAAGUCCCUGAGGGAGCGGUGGCUGAUGGAGGGGUCGUGCCUACCCCCAGAGGACGACGACAGUUCUCCACUGUGCCAGGUCCAGUCACGGAUCCAGAAGCUGGAGAACAAUCUGUCCAGCCUCCAGGUCCAGAUGCAGCAGCUGGAUGACCCCAACCCUGCCACAGAGGAGGGUAGGGGGGUUGCUAGGGACCCCUGUCAGGCUGGCGGGGCUGCAUCACCCCCUGCAGGUGGGGCAGGACAUGGCAGUGAUUCUGAACCAGCCCCGACUCUGAUCCCGGCCAGGAGGGACCUGCAGGAAGCCCUGGAGAACGGGGAUGUGGCCAGAGCAGAUCCCCCUGACAGCAUCAGCAGGCACAAUCUCCAGGCUGCCACAGGCAGCCAUGGAACCCCGGCAUCCGGGGAUGGCUCUACCCCCCGGCCAGCUGAGAUGAUCAUCCGCAACCAUUUGGGACAGGAAGUGGGCAGCAUGGAUGCCAUCCGCCGCGCCGCCCCCGGCAUGGAGGGGGAGUGGCUGGAGAAUGGGCCAGGGACUGAGACACCAGGCCAAAUCUUUUCUGUUCCCACAGGGGAGAGAUCCCUGGAACAGAUCCCACUGGCUGGGGUGGGGGAACUGCCUUUGCCCAACCAGAUCCCACUGGCUGGGCUGGACCAUAUCCCGUCAGCUCUGCUGGAUCAGAUUCCAUCGGUUGGGCCUGACCAGAUCCCAUCAGCUCUGCUGGAUCCAAUCCCAUCUGUUGGGCCUGACCAGAUCCCAUCAGCUCUGCUGGAUCAGAUUCCAUUGGUUGGGCCUGACCAGAUCCCAUCAGCUCUGCUGGAUCCGAUCCCAUCUGUUGGGCCCGACCAGAUCCCAUCAGCUCUGUUGGAUCAGAUCCUAUCAGCUGGGCCAGAUCAGAUCCUGUCUGCUGGGCCAGAAGAUUGGCUUUCUCUUCCUGAGCAGAUCCUGCCAGGUGGGCUAGACCAGAUCCCAUCAACGGUGCAGGACCAGAUCCUAUCUGCUGGGCCGGGGGAUCAUUUUCUCCUGCCUGACCAAAUCCCGCCAGCUGGACUGGAGCAGAUCCUGUCAGCCAUGCAGAAAGAUCUGCCUCUGCCCAAUCCGAUCCCAUCUAUGCAGGACCAGAUUCCAUCCGCUGGGCUGGAUCAGAUCCCAUCCACCAUUCAAAAAGAUCUGCCUCUGAUCCCACCAACUAUGCAGGACCAAAUCCCAUCUGCUGGGCUUUAUCAGGUCCCAUCAUCCAUGCAAAAAGAUCUGCCCCUGCCUGACCAGAUCCCAUCAACUAUGCAAGACCAGAUCCCAUCAGCUGGGCCAGGGGAUAAUUUUUCUCCUCACAACCAGAUCACAUCUGAGCUGAACCAGAUCUUAGCUAUGCAAAAAGAUCAGCCUUUGCUCAACCAGAUUCCAACAGCCAUACAGGACCAUAUCCCUUCAGCUGGGCCAGAGGAUCAGUUUUCUCUCUCUGAUCAGAUCCUGUCAGCUGGUCCUGGGCUGGAUCAGGUUCCAUCAACUAUGCAGAACCAGGUCCCACCCACUGGGCCAGAGAAUCACUUUUCUCUGCCUGACCAGAUCCUGCCAGCUGGGCUGGACAUGAUCCCAUCAGCCAUGCAAAAAGAUCAGCCUCUGCUUGACCAGAUCCCAACAACUGUACAGGACCAGGUUCCAUCAGCUGGGCCAGACCAAAUCCCAGCCACUAUGCAGGACCCACUCCCAUCAGCUGUGCAAAAAAAUCAGCCUCUGCCUGACCAGAUCCCAAUGCCUGUACAGACCCAGAUCCCAUCACCUGGUCCUGACCAGACCCCACCAACUGUGCAGGACCAGAUCCUAUCAGCUGGGUCAGGGGAUCAGCCUUCUAUGCCUGACCAGAUGCCACCAGCUGCACCCAAUCAGAUCCCACCAGUUCUACAAGAAGUGAAGUCCUCUGUCCUAGACCAGAUCCUGCCAGCAGUGGAGGAAGCAAAGUCCCCAGCACAGGACCAUAUCCCAUCUACUCUGCAGGAAGCCACACCUGCUCUAUGGGACCAGAUCCCUCCAGCUGCAUUCAAGCAGAUCACCCCAGCUGCUCCUGAAGUUCAGCCCUCUCCGCCCAACAAGAUCCCAUCCACUCCACAUGCAAAUCAACCUUUCCUAGACCAGAUCCCACCAGCUGGGCUCAGAUCUCAGCUUUCUCCAUCUGACCAGAUCCCAGCCACUCUGCAGGAGAAUCCACUGCCUCCAAACCAGAUCCUGCCAGCUGGGCCUGACAAGAUCCCAGCAGCCGUGGAGGAAGUGAAAGUCUCUGCCCGGGACCAGAUCCCAUCGGCUUUGCCUUGCCCGAUCCCACUGGGUGCUGGCUCUGCUCCACCUCCCCAGGUUCGGCCCACCCUUCUAGGCCAAGCCAUGGAGGAGGUGCCAGGGAACCCAAGUGUCCUGGCCUCCGAACAGCAACCACUGCUGACAGAGGCUCUGGUUCCACGUGGCCCCCCGGAGACACCACUGGCCACUGCCCCCUCCCCACAGCCCCGUGGUCCCCCCAGUGCCAGCUCCCGCAAGCAGAAGUCCUGCCAGUGCUGUGUCAUCAUGUGAGCCCAGGUGUGGAAAUCAAGGACACAGCUGCCAGCUGCAGCAUCAGGGCAUGUGCCGUAGUGUAGACGAGGUCUCUGGAGCAUCAGCCUGCCCUCUCCUGAGUCCUGGCGAGAGGGAAAGGGAAGGGGGGGGGAUGAGGGACCCGCCCACACAUGCACACGUGUGCUGUGCCAUGGAUUGGGCCUGCUGCUCAUGCAGACCACUGGGGGCACAGGCCCCUGCCACUAGCACAUGUAUGUGCAGAGAGAGCAUGCGUGCACAUGCAGAGAGACUGUCUGGCACACAAGCACGUGUGCAUGCAAAGAAGUCAUGUGCGCACUCAUAGGCCUGCACAUGCUUCCAUAAGCAUGCCUGACAUGCAAGUGCACGUGUGCAUGCAGCAGUCACACGUGCUUCUGUGAACAUGCCUGACAGGUACACGUGUGCAUGCAGAUGUCACACGUGUGCAUGCAGAAGCCCAUGUGCAUUUCCAUGAACUCACCUGACACGCAAUCCCAUGGGUGCAUGCAGAGGUCAUGUGUGCUUCUGUGAACAUACCUGACAGUUACACACGUGUGCAUGCAGAGGUUGUGUGCAUGCGUGGGUGCAAGCACACAUGCUUCUACAUCCACCCAGAACAGCAGCUCCGUGUGUCAGAAGCUUCCCCUGUCCCAGCACACACUCCAUUGCACCCAUGUCUGCUCACACGUGUACACACAGGCCUCUCAGCUGGGCAAGGGGCCCCUGGCACCCGGCCCCACACCCCCUCCUCCCAAUGCGAGGCAGGUCCCAUGAUCCUUGUGGACUCUUUUUUAACCUCUGCCCCACUCUGGCCAGGCCAGCAGGGGGUGGCAGCGAGCACAGCCAUUAAAGCCCUUGCAACCAGA